AUGGCGGCCAUUUCGAAUCGUAUCUCUCAGCUUACGGGCCUCGGCAAAGGCAAGCUUCUUGUCCAACACGACGACGACGUGGUUAUCGUGGCUGCGUUGCGGACCCCCAUAACUAAGGCCAAGAAAGGCGGCUUCAAGGACACUCGUCCAGAGGAACUGCUCUCGGCUGCGUUACGGGCGGUGUACACCAGCGUUAACCUCGACCCCAAGCUCAUUGAGGAUAUCGCUGUCGGGAACGUGCUCCCAGCUGGCGGAGGGGCGACUGCCGCUCGGAUGGCCUCUCUUCAUGCAGGAAUCCCAAACACCUCCGCCAUCAAUACCAUUAACCGACAGUGCUCCUCCGGGCUCGCUGCCGUCAACCAGAUCGCAAACCAGAUUUCUCUGGGUCAAAUCGACAUUGGCAUUGGCGCCGGCGUCGAGUCCAUGACCUUCGGUUACGGUCCUGGAGCUCAACCUUCUGGUUACUCCGAAGCCGUCCUGUCUAACGCCGAGGCCGAGGAUUGUUUGCUGCCGAUGGGGAUUACGUCAGAAAACGUUGCAGCCGACUACUCGAUAUCCCGCCAGAGUCAGGACGAGUUCGCUGCGAAAUCGUUCCAGAAGGCCGCUGCCGCACAAGCGUCGGGAAAAUUCAAGGAUGAGAUCGUACCCGUUCGCGUCAAAUGGACGGAUCCCAAGACCGAAGAGGAGAAAGUCAUCACCGUUGAGCAUGAUGAUGGUGUUCGCGCCGGCGUCACGGCAGAAAGUCUGGCGAAGCUCAAGCCUGCAUUUUCACCCACCGGUAGCACCCAUGCAGGCAACGCAUCCCAAGUUUCAGACGGUGCCGCUGCCGUUCUACUCGCACGACGCUCAGUAGCGAGGCGACUCGGUUUGCCGAUAAUCGGCAAGUUCGUGACCGCGGUCGCGGUUGGUGUGCCUCCGAGGAUCAUGGGUGUCGGACCUGCUUUCGCGAUACCGAAGGCUCUAGAGAAGGCCGGGUUGAAGAAAGAUGAAGUCGAUUUUUACGAAAUCAACGAGGCCUUCGCCAGCCAAGCCGUCUUCAGCGUUCAACAUCUCGGUAUACCCUUCGAAAAGGUCAACCUCAACGGGGGUGCUAUCGCUAUCGGACAUCCACUUGGAUGCACUGGCGCACGGCAAAUAGCUACCGGGCUGAACAUCGCCAAGCAAACCGGAGCCAAAAUUUUCGUCACAAGCAUGUGCAUUGGUUCUGGCAUGGGUAUGGCUGGUGUAUUUGUUAGCGAGCAAUGAGCUUCUGCUGAAUGAACGCUAUGUGUAUCAUAUCUUUCGAGGAUGCAUUAUUACGUACCUUUGGAGAUUAUAUUAUCAAUCAGCG